AUGAUUUCUAUCAAAUCUUUUGCUACUUUGUUUGUGAUUCUUUUUGUGACGACAAACUAUACGUUUGCUGAUCAAAUGUUGGAUUUAGUGAAUCAAGCACGUCAAGCAAAUAACGUGCCACCACUCAAACUCGAUUCUCGUCUUGUUUCGGCAGCCCAAAAACACAGCAAUUAUCAGGCGAGCAUUAAUACAAUGACUCAUGAUGAUGCUUCUGGUCCUUUAGGUACUAGACUUAGCAAUGAGGGCGUUGAUUGGUCUGCCGCGGCUGAAAAUGUCGCCUGGAAUCAGCCAAAUAUAACAGAAGUUAUGAAAGCAUGGUUGAAUUCGCCUGGUCAUAGAGAGAACCUUUUGAAUAGCGCUUACACUAUUUUUGGUUGGGGAGUAAAAAACCUUUAUUGGACCCAAGAUUUCGCAGCACUCAUGUCUGCGCAAGAAACCUCACACACAAAGGAAAAUGAGGAAAUCAAGUAA